UAGAAAGAUCUGCUUUUCCUUACACCAACGGUCUCUUGUGUCGGGCGGCCUACUUCCCGUCACGUCAUAGGGCGGCCGCCUGUGGUGUCUCUUUUCCCUAUGUCUCCUCGGGUCUCGUUCAUUGACUCGGACCCUUCCCUGGGCUUAGCUUCUCCGUCUCUUCGUGGGCCUGACGCGGGCCUCUUAGGCCCAAUACCGCUUAACUAUGGGCCCAACAAUAUGUCUCCGAAUAAGAAUUGUUUCUCAACCUGCGAGCAGCUAGAUUGUGGUAACAUGUUUAUGGCAAGUGAAGCUGUCUGCAAGGUAGUUGGAAUCAGGUCUAUCAAGAUUCGGACACAUAAUGGUUCGUUCUGCACCUUGAACGAAGUCAGGCAUGUUCCACAGAUGACAAAGAAUCUGAUCUCCUUGAGUCUUCUCGACAGCAAGGGUCUUAGUUUCAAGGGAAGAGGUGGAGUUGUGUAUGUCUGCAAAGCUAUACGGAAGGUGCUGAAGGGAGUGAAGCGUGAGAAUGGUUGACCGAAAAAUAAGUUUAUUUCAAUCAAGGGUAGGGAGAGUGUAACAGGCGACUCCUAAGGACAAAAACGACUAAAAUAGUAUAAUAGUUAAUUGAUAAUGAAAUUUAACGCACUUCUAAUUGAGAAUGGUUGACCGAAAGAUCAUGUGUUCGAAUCUUGGCAAUCCCAUUUGUUAAGCACAUGAUAUUCAGAUUUUCGAAAAAUUUAAGCAUGUAUAAGUUGGUUUUCGUCAGCGGGGAAGUGUUAUAAAUACUAAAUAGUAUAAGUCCAU